UGAAAACAAAAGUCCUGAAAACCCCAAUGUUCAUCUUUUGUGCAAAUCAACAAGAAAAAACCUUGCUACCUUCGUUCAUGACGGUUCUACCUAAGCCACUAAUACCCAGGAAGAUAACACCAUCUCCCUGACAGUGGAAUCUGUAAUGUUCCCUAUUAAUGUCAAAGUAUAUCCCUUGAUAUCACCUGACAAUCGAAUAAUUACCGAUGGAUUCAUCAUCGGGAGAUUCGAUCUCUCUGCAAUCAUCAGCCACCGGAGAAAAUGUAAUAGUGGUGAUGGACGGAAACAGGGGGAAAGGAAGUCUCGAUGCUCUAGAUUGGGCGAUCAAGUACAUUGUUGGCCCAAAUGACACCGUCGUCGUUCUUGGAGUGUUGCCGGAAAUCGGCAAGAAACCCGCUCCUUCUUGUUUACCUUUUCACCUCGGAAUUGGCACCUCCGGCAUCUGGAUAAAACUCGAGUUUUCACACAAUGAAAUGACACCGUCGGAACUCCAACAAGCGAUUGGGAGAAAGAAGAGAGAAUACCAAAAAUUUCUCCAGCCCUACUACCACCAUUGUAAGAAGAGGGAGGUGAAGUUAGAUAUAAGGCUAGCUGCAGGAUACGAAUCCAAGAAAUUGGCAGUUGAAGAAGCAGAAAAGCUCGAUCCCCGUUGGAUUGUCCUAGAUGGAUACUUGAAGAAAGAUAAAGAAUAUAUACACAAAAACGUAGACUGUCAUGUCGCUUUAUUGAAGGAAAAAGGUGUAGCAACCUUAAUCCCAUCAAAAAUCACUGGCCCAGAAUGCGAAGAAUGGCAAACCGUUUGCAGAAAAAUUGAUGAUCAAGCUUUCACGGAUGAUGACUUUGUGGAAGAAUUACCAAACUCACCAAAACAAACUCCAUUAACGCCUUGUUCAUACCCGUUAUCAUGGAGAACAGGGUUCCCGAGAGCUUUUUCUUUGGGUGAAAUUGAAGAAAUAACAAAUGAUUUUCAAAAUGUCACGCUUAAAGAUCAAAAUAGGAUCAUAUACACUGGGGUUUAUGGAGAGAAUCAGGUUAUUGUUAUGUGUUUUCGUGCAGAUGAUCAUUCGGCUUCUUUACUUAAAAUUGUGUCGCGAGUUCGCCAUAGGAAUAUUUUGAAUCUUGUUGGUUAUUGUUGGAUUGGUGGUUCCAUCUUCUUGUUGUGUGAUUGUCCCGAAGGUUCGCUUGAAGCUUGUUUGCUGUGUGAUAAGGCAGCAACAAACCUUUCAUGGAACAAACGGUGGGGUAUUGCCCUAGAAAUCGGUGCAGGCAUCCAAUACCUUCAUGAGGAGUUUGCAGAUGGAUCAAUUGUAAACUUAUCCCUUUGUUCUUGUAAUGUUGCACUUGGUGGUGAUUCUUCUUCUAUGCUUUGCAUUUACGAGACAACAACAAAGCAAAUGAAAAUUGACAACGAUCCGCAAGAUGAAUCCAUAUGCAAGAAUAUAGAUGUGAAUGAGCAACUUAGAGAGGAUAUACAAGAUUAUGGAGUUUUCUUGUUGGAGCUUAUAUCGGGACUUAGUAGGCGAUUGUUUGAAAAUGAUGGUCAAUCCCUUGUUGACUGGGCACUACCGUUUUUGGAGAAGAAUAUACUAAGCCCUAUGUUGGAUCCAAGGUUAACAGAGACAAGUGAUCCUCGAGUGGCUCAUAUGGCUCGAGCUGCAUUGGCAUGUUUGAACUAUGACUCGAGCCACAAUCUUACCAUUAGUAAGAUGUUGGCAAUCGUACGGGGUAAUCAAUAGGUGGAACUGCCACAUUGAGAACAAUCAUGGCAUAAUAAAAGAUAGUAUGACUAUGUAUCAUAUACAAUAAAAGUUGUAUAUGGCCCAAAGUUCCGUGAAAGGG